AGUGCACGUACAGCUGAUUUGCAACCCGCCGAAGCUACAGCAGAGAAGGAGUAAAAAUGUCGCUGGCUUCAUCGCGGACCGUUCUAGGAUCAGUGCCCUUUUAGGAAAACUCAGACGGCAGUUCGAAUGAAACCUCUGCUGUGAUGUUGCUAUGAAAGAUAAUACGCUUCAAGAAACUGUACAAAGAAAGUGAAAUGCUCUAACAGUUUCAAAGUGGGAGUCGUCUUAUGUUUCCCUUUUUGUCUGGUCAACUUGAACCAUAACCAUUUAAGAACAGGAGUAUACUGUAACACUACAUUGUAAGGUGACCUGAUCUGAUAAUUAAAGCCUCUGGAGCCUCCUCCCAACUAGAACGGUCAAAUUUCAGUGCAGACAUGGACCCAUCUACUCGGGUGGUGGGUCUUGAUGCCCAGGGGAACAUGGUUUUCACAGUGGUAAAACCAGUAAUGGGCAUCUUUCAGGUGGCUUCAGAGCAAACUGGUAGUGUAGCACAAGGGGGCAUGGGGCUACAGGGUCUAUCUGAAAACACAUUGAUCCUCCCUCAAGCACAAAGCCAGAGUCCGCUAGACCAGAACCAGAUGGAAAUGCACAGCUUACAGCCUCAUAUUCAGAUGCACCAGAUGCAGGUUUCUGUCCCAGACCAGACUGAGGUUGUGACCCAGAAUCAGGACCCGCCACCAAACUCGAGCACAAAUUCAGAGUCUGCUACCCACAUGCCUUUUGCAGAGGUGUCGUCACUCCUGGAUCCCAACAUGAAAGGAUCUAAGGCUCGGAAGUAUCUCAUCUCGUAUGAUGAAAUUAAACGGCGCCUGCAGUCCCCGGAGAAGAUGUCCCUGCGCUCCCUGGCAGCGUACACUCGGGUCAGCAGAGGCCCGGCCAGCAAGAAAACUCUUCUGGAGUCACUCAAUGUACUCGGCCUCACGCCGAGCACAACUACCUCUGUAUCCUCCUCUUUCUCCAAACUUACUGAAGGCGACACCAGAGCUUUGUGUGACGAUAUGAAGGACUUUGCCCAUGACUACAUCGACUACAGCAACAUGGCUAAACAGCUCAUCCCCGAGACGAACACAGUUCAACACUGGUCCAAGAUUAUUGAAACUAAGAACCAUCUUGAGGAUAUGAGAAAAUGUUUCAUGGACCCGGUGAACAGUGGCGCGUUUGACAACGUCACUCACGGCCUGGGUCUGGGAAUGUUGGACGCGGCACUGGACAUGGUCAUUAUGGUUAUUGAACAGCAGAUUCGGAUCCUGUCUGGCGCAGCGGCAUCAGACCCAGCUGACUCUGGUCCGCCAAUGCGCCGUAUCCGCAGGCGCCACCGCAAAACAAGACCAACUGACAACGAGAACCCUCACAAGGUGUCUGGAGGGGUCAAAGAGCAAGGAAAGGUUAUUUCAAAAGGCAAGGGGCGAGGCAGAGCCAGGAAGAAGAUAAGUCAGGAAACUGCAGCUGCUGUUCCUAUGGAAACCCAAGCAGAGCAGUGCAAGCCGGAUGACGUGGAGAGUAACGUCCUCACCCUGGUUUCUGUUGGAUAUGAGACUGUUUCCUGUGGACUCAAUGCAACAGGGACUGUUUGACACCUGGUCACAUGACAAGUCCAAAGAACCAAUCAUAGUCCUACUCAAAGGGAUGGAACACAGGCAUCAAAGUAUAACGUUACAUCUUGAAAUCCAACUAAAAGGAAUAGUUGGACAUUUUGGGAAAUACACUUCUUGCAGGGAGUUAGAUGAGAAAAUCGAUACCACUCUCACAUCUGUGCUGUAAAUAAGUAGCUGGAGCCAGCAGGCAGUUAGCUGGAAACAGUUAGCCUGGCUCCGUCCGCACACACAAACCGAGUGUAGCGCAGUGGCCUUACGGGUUGUUUUUCUGUACAAAUUAAACAAAUGAGACAACAUGUUCAUAAGUGAGCUUUAGAAGUUCUGCUGGGCAGAUUUAGUUUCCUUUGGACAGAGCCAGGCUAGCUGCUUCCCCCUGUUUCCAGUCUCCAUGCUUAGCUAAAAUAACAAGCCGCUUCUUAAAACUUACCGUACACAAAUGAGAGUGGUUUUCAUCUUCUUGUCUAACUCUUGGCCAGGGCUGGACGAGGAUAAUAGUUCUGGCUGGAAAUCUGACAUCAGCACUUAAACAGUGACUGUUUUUGUUGAAAUAUUUUCCAUGUGUACUGUUUAUGACAGUAACAUCUUUUAUUUUUAUUACCACAAAAGGAACUGCUGUAAAAAAACACCCAAAAUAGUUAUUAAGUGUCUUCAGAUUCAAAUAGUACAUUUGCACGUUCUUAAUCGAUUCAUAUGUCUAAUUGUUAAGCACUCUUGCAGUGUUUGUUUUACACCAGGCAUUUUCCCAGCGCUCUGAUUGGACGUGUGAUGUAACAGCAUCAUGAAGCUCUGGUAGAUCUGUGUAACUGGAGGCACUACAUACUUACAUACACAAUACCUAUUUAUUUAAAAAAACAAAAUCAACUCCCGAAGGGUAUUUGGGAUAUAACGUAGUGCUGGGAGCAUGUAUUAUUUUUAAUAACACUAAUCACGUCCAUGGAUUGUGAACUUAUCUGUUUUGCAGCAUUUAGCUGCACUUUCCUGUAGUUUCUUUCUCCUCUAACGCUCUCCCUCUCAGCUCCAUCUUCUCUCCACACGUGCACUGACUGAGCGUUGUUAAUCACAGUGUAAAAAUCCAAAGUGAACUGGGUGAAUCAAAGCCAAAACAACUUGGCAAGAAAGUUAAUAAGCACAUUUCCCAAAAUGCCGAACAAUUUCUUUAAGUGAAUCCUCUCUUUCUUUAGUAUCGGCUUCGGUAUGUGUGUGUUCCAACUGAAUCCUGUUACAUAGUAUUUCUUUAUACUAUGUUUUCAGCAAACAAAAAUCCCCACCGAUGUAUGUAUAAAUGUAUACAAGUUGAACACUGAGAAGACCUGCCUGUGCACAGGUGUACAGCCCAUAAUGUAGAACAGAUAAUAUCACCUGGAUUAUAUUUUUUGAUUGUGGUUCAAUGUCUCAUGUGUCCCUGAUGUAUUUUUUGGUUAGAUUUCCAAUUGAACAUCUAUCGUUCUGUACUAGAUUGUUAACUUUUGUUUUACUGGAACCUCAAGAGUUGAGUAAACCAUAAAUAUUUAAUUUUUAUAACUA